AUGCAAGUUCUACUUUUACUUCUCUUGGGAGUGUACGCCUCCAGCGUUGUCUCUCGCCCUUACUCUAUUAGCAAUGUCGAUUCCCUCGCAUCCCCACCAACUGAAGAUGCCAGUGUGUCUAUGGGGUACGAAUCGGAUGAAACUAUCCAAGUCUUCGAGAUUCGUGACGAGGGCGAACGUGAUAUGAUUUUUGCUCGUGAUACGACUGAGAGUUCAGACUCAUCAACGACAUCCACGACAGAGAGCACAACUUCAGAAACAACCACAACAUCCGAUUCGACUACUUCGACUUCGACUACUAGCUCUACCACUACUACAUCGGAUUCAACUACCAGCUCUACCACCACUACAUCAUCUGCCUCAUCUACCUCAUCUUCAACGACUUCUACAUCAACUUCUUCCAGUAGUUCGUCGACAAGCAGCACUUCAACAAGCACAACAAGCACUGCAACCGCGACCAGUACUGAAAGCGCAGCGACCAAAAAACGAAACCACAAAGGAAAUGUUGACGCUAUCAUUUUUUCCUGUUGUUUACUCUCCUUCUUUGCGGGAGUUAGUAUACUCCACUGUGCACGCGAUAGGGCAAAGUCAAAGCGAAUUGCUGCACGAGACCUUCUCAAGGCCACAGCCGUCACACCGGAGCCUAUUAUACCAAAGAAUGAGUCAACGACAAAUCUUCUCGGAGAUCGAUCUUCAGUACUGUUCAGAGAUAAUACUCCGAACGAUCCACUGGCACCGUUCACCGCUACCGGCACAGGUGCAGGUCCAGGUGCGGGUGCAGGCACCACUACGCCUACUCAUGGGCUUGAAAAUCAUUAA